AUGCGACAGGCAGGCUUUCUGCACGCGCUCGUUGGCUUGGGUAUCUUUGGCUCGCUCCCGGCAGCAGCCAGCGCUCAAGGUGCCACGAAGAUUCACGAAAAGGGCCGAUGUGCGAUACGAGGCCACUGCGGAAAGCAAUCAUUCUUCGGCGGCGAGCUUCCUUGUCCAGACAACGGCUUGGCUCAUGAGCCCGAGGAGGCACUCCGGCGGAAGUUGAUCGGCCUGUGCGGCCCAAAGUGGGAGGAGGGCCCCGUUUGCUGUCUUGAGGAACAGGUUGAUGCACUGUCAAGCAAUUUGAAGCUGGCUGAAGGCAUCAUCUCAUCCUGUCCUGCUUGCCGACACAACUUCUUCGAUAUAUUCUGCACCUUCACCUGCUCACCAGACCAGUCGCUUUUUGUCAACGUCACACAGACGGAAAAAAAUCGUGCUGGCAAGACUCUAGUCACCGAGAUUACAAAUGUUUGGUCUGAAGAAUACCAGAGCGGCUUUUACGACAGCUGCAAGAAUGUGAAAAAUGGUGCAUCCGGUGGAAAAGCUAUUGAUUUCAUCGGUGGUGGUGCCAAAAACUACUCCCAGUUCCUCAAAUUUCUGGGCGACAAGAAAUUUCUGGGAAGCCCAUUUCAGAUCAACUAUCGCACUGAGCCCGGCGGCCCCGAUCCUGAAGGGAUGAAGCCGUUGCCAAUGCUACCAAAAGCCUGCAAUGACCCAGACAAGGCAUACCGAUGCUCUUGCGUUGAUUGUCCUGAGGUGUGUCCAGAGCUGCCUGCUGUGUCCACACACGAUUCAUGUCAAGUGGGACUGUUGCCUUGUUUGUCCUUUGCCGUUAUCAUUAUUUAUUCUGUUUUCCUCCUUCUGCUCAUGGGAAUCGCAAGCUACGUCACCUUCAAAGAACGUCGUUUCCGCAAGCCCGAGCGUAUGCGCCUGCUUCAAGAUCCAACGCCGAGCGACGAUGAAGACGAUGGAGACCUGGUUCCUCGCGGAGGGUACAUGGAACAGCCGCAAGGAACCUACAAACUCAACUCGCUGUUAUCUUCUCUGUUCAGUCGUAUCGGAGGGGCUUGUGCUCGUUUCCCAGGAAUCACAAUCGGCACCAGUUUUGUCUUUGUGAUUUUACUCAGUUUGGGCUGGCUGCGAUUUGCGAUUGAAACAGACCCCGUGCGCUUGUGGGUUAGUCCGUCAUCGUCAGCCGCCCAGGAAAAGGUUUUCUUCGACGAGAAUUUUGGCCCAUUCUUCAGAGCAGAGCAAGCCUUCCUGGUAAAUGAAAGCGGCCCUGUUUUGAACUAUGAUACUCUCGCGUGGUGGUUUGACGUGGAGUCCCGCAUUCGACAUAUGAUGUCAUCCGAACAGGGUCUUGGUUUGGAAGACGUCUGCUUCAAACCGACGGGCGAUGCUUGCGUGGUACCGUCCUUGACUGGAUACUUUGGUGGCUCAUUCUCGAAUGUUGACCCGGACACAUGGCGAGAUCGCAUUCGCCAUUGCACAGAAUCACCCGGUGAUCCAAGUUGUCUGCCUGAAUUCCAACAGCCACUGAAGCCGCAGAUGAUUUUGGGUGGCUAUGAGAGUACCGGCGAUGUGCUAGACGCAAACGCGCUCGUUGUCACCUGGAUUGUGAACAACUUCGCCCAAGGCACCGACGGUGAAGAGAAGGCAAUUGACUGGGAAAACAGUUUCAAGCGCGCCAUGGAGUCUGUGCAGGAGGAGGCUGCCGAGCGCGGUCUCCGUGUGUCAUUCAACGCCGAGGUGAGCCUUGAGCAAGAGCUCAACAAAUCUACAAACACAGAUGCAAAGAUUGUGGUCGUCAGCUAUGUGAUCAUGUUUGUCUACGCAUCCUUGGCUUUGGGGUCUGUGACCGUCAGCUGGCGUUCUCUUCUCAAGAAUCCAGCAAACGCUCUCGUUCAGUCCAAAUUCACGCUCGGAAUCGUUGGGAUCUUGAUCGUCCUGAUGUCCGUCUCUGCAUCAGUGGGGCUCUUCUCAGCGGCCGGUGUUAAAGUCACGUUGAUUAUCGCUGAGGUCAUUCCUUUCUUGGUCCUGGCUGUUGGUGUGGAUAAUAUCUUCCUGAUUGUUCAUGAAUUUGAACGCGUGAACCUCAGCCACCCGGAUGCAGAGAUCGAUGAGCGCGUUGCUCGGGCAGUAGGGCGAAUUGGACCUAGCGUCUUCUUAUCUGCCUUGACCGAAACUGUUGCUUUUUCUCUGGGUGCUUUCGUCGGCAUGCCUGCUGUUAAGAACUUUGCCGCCUACGCAGCGGGUGCCGUUUUUGUCAACGCAAUCUUACAGGUCACCAUGUUCAUCUCUGUCCUGGCUCUCAAUCAGCGACGAGUUGAGAGCCUGCGCGCAGACUGUUUCCCAUGCCUGACUGUUCAGAAGGCAAACUCUUUUGCGUCAACCGACGAACAAGUUUACGACGAUCACGAAGCCGAGAGCUCUUUGCAGAAUUUCAUUCGGCGGAUCUAUGCCCCUUUCAUCUUGGAUCGCCGCGUUAAAGCAGCAAUUGUCAUUGUUUUCUUAGGAAUUUUAACAGCAGGCAUCGCUUUGAUACCGGAGGUUGCUCUUGGUCUGGAUCAACGGAUCGCACUUCCGAGUGAUUCCUACCUUAUCCCGUUUUUCAACGAUCUCGAUGCCUACUUCCGGAUUGGUCCCCCAGUGUACUUUGUCACUCGUAAUGUCAAUAUCACCGAGCGGAUACAUCAGAAGCAGCUCUGUGGUCGAUUCACCUCUUGCGAAGAAUUUUCUCUUCCUUUUGUUUUGGAGCAAGAGUCCAAGCGACCCAAUGUCUCUUACCUGUCAGGUUCUGCUGCUAGUUGGGUUGACGACUUUUUCUACUGGCUCAACCCUCAGCAAGAUUGCUGUCAAGAAAAUGGCAAGGUCUGCUUCGAGGAUCGAGACCAGCCCUGGAAUAUCACCCUUCAUGGAAUGCCAACCGGACCUGAAUUCAUCCAUUACGCGGAAAAGUGGAUCAAUGCACCAACCGACGCGUCGUGCCCUCUUGGGGGCAAGGCAGCCUAUAGUGCUGCGGUGGUCAUCGACAAGGAAAGAUCCAUGAUCAACGCCAGUCAUUUCCGAACCAGCCAUACCCCCCUCCGGACCCAGAAUGACUUUAUUCAAUCUUACAUUGCGGCUCGUCGCAUUGCUGAUGAUAUAUCCCGAGAGCACAACAUCGACGUGUUCCCAUAUUCCAAGUUCUACAUUUUCUUUGAUCAGUACAUCACUAUUGUCCAGCUCACCGGUACAUUGCUGGGGUCGGCAGUUGCGAUUAUUUUUGUUCUCACUUCCGUCAUCCUUGGAUCCGUCGCCACGGGUGCGGUUAUUACCACUACCGUGGUCAUGACAGUAGUGGACAUCAUCGGAACGAUGGCCAUCGCGGGUGUCUCAUUAAAUGCUGUGUCGCUUGUCAACUUGGUUAUUUGCGUGGGUAUAGGUGUCGAAUUCUGCGCUCACAUCGCUCGAGCUUUUAUGUUCCCACCGCGAACGUUGCUUGAGAAGGCCCCUGCCAAAUUCCGCGGCAAGGAUGCACGGGCUUGGGCAGCCCUCGUCAACGUAGGUGGCAGUGUGUUCAGUGGAAUUACCGUGACAAAGCUUCUCGGUGUCUGUGUUCUGGCUUUCACCCGGAGCAAGAUUUUUGAGAUCUACUACUUCCGUGUGUGGCUGGCUUUGGUGAUCUUUGCUGCCACACAUGCGCUGAUUUUCCUGCCGGUGGCACUGAGCUACUUUGGAGGAGCCGGUUAUCUUGAUCCCACUGCUGAUGGUGGUCUUGAGGCGAACCUUGCCUCCCGAGGAUAUCGUUCCUUAUUGGUCAAUGAUGAUUACGACUCCGACGAAUACUAA